AAAUGUCACCGCAUUCAUGUGUUUAUUUGGGACAGUACAUAGAUAUUUGCUCUCCAACCUGUGUCUCGCUCAAUGCCGACACAAAUAUGUCCGCCGCUGCCGUGUUACGCCAUAUGCGCAUGCGUAUCAAUGUUUUGCGGAACUGACGUGUGGAAUGAUGACGGGUGUAUGAAGCAGACCUGCGUUUAUUGUACUGUAAUUGUAUUCUGCGUUACAAUCUCAGAUACUUCCAGGAUGCAAGUGGUUAAACAAAUGAUUAUGACUCCGAGUUAGCCCUCCAACAGGUUGCACUCCAGCUUGCAGAAGAACAAUACGGCUUUGUUAAUUGUUUAUCCCCUCCACAGUUCACUGGCAGGAGAAGAAGGAGUACGAAAGGAGAAAUCCAAAGGUUCAGGAGAGUUUGUGAACAGCAAAUUUGAAGAUGUUUUCUGAUCUGGAUUAUGACUUUGAAGAAGACAAACUUGGGAUUCCAACAGUCCCUGGGUCAGUAACCCUCAAAAAGGACUCUCAGAAUGUGAUUGGGAUCAGCAUAGGUGGUGGAGCCCAGCACUGCCCCUGUCUGUAUAUAGUACAGGUAUUUGACAACACCCCAGCUGCCUCGGAUGGCACCAUCGCAGCAGGAGAUGAAAUAACUGGUGUGAAUUCCAAAUCUGUUAAAGGCAAGACCAAAGUAGAAGUGGCAAAGAUGAUUCAGAAUGUAAAGGGAGAAGUGACUAUUCAUUACAACAAGUUACAAGCCGAUCCCAAGCAGGGAAAGUCUCUGGAUAUUGUCUUGAAGAAGGUAAAGCACCGGCUGGUGGAAAACCUGAGCUCAGGCACGGCAGAUGCACUGGGAUUGAGUCGGGCCAUCUUGUGUAAUGAUAGUUUAGUCAAAAGACUGGAAGAACUUGAAAAAACUGGGGAGUUUUAUAGAGGUAUGAUGGAGCACACCAAGCGCCUCUUAAGAUCCUUUUUUGAGCUUUCACAGACACACAGAGCUUUUGGGGAUGUUUUCUCUGUCAUUGGAGUGCGGGAACCGCAGCCAGCUGCAAGUGAAGCUUUCGUCAGAUUUGCAGAUGCACAUCGCAACAUCGAAAAGUUUGGGAUUGGCCUUCUAAAGACAAUAAAACCGAUGCUGAAUGACUUAAACACGUACCUUAAUAAAGCAAUUCCUGACACCAGGCUCACCAUCCGGAAAUACCUUGAUGUCAAAUUUGAAUAUCUGUCUUACUGCUUGAAAGUGAAGGAAAUGGAUGAUGAAGAAUACAGCAGCAUUGCCUUGGGAGAACCCUUGUAUCGUGUCAGUACUGGGAACUACGAGUAUCGGUUGAUUCUGCGGUGCCGACAAGAAGCACGUAUGCGCUUUGCAAAGAUGAGGAAAGAUGUUCUAGAGAAGAUAGAACUGCUUGACCAAAAGCAUGUGCAAGAUAUUGUGUUCCAGCUGCAACGAUUUGUUUCAGCAAUGUCCAAGUACAAUGACCAGUGCUAUGCUGUACUCAAAGAAGCCGACAUCUUCCCUAUUGAGGUGGACUUGGCCAAAACAACUCUGGCCUAUAGUCACGGAGAAACCUUUACAGAUGGAGCAGACGAGGAUGAAGAAGAUAAGACUGAGAAGAGAAAGGAGGAAGAAAAUGGAGAGAAACUGAUUGAUGAUGCAUAGAAAUUUUUUUGACCCUGGGAAAUGAAGGGGACAUAAAGUUUACAUAUAUAUAUAUUUUCUUUCUUGUUUUGACACUGCCUCUCGCAAGUCUAGGGGAAGGCAUUCACUGAAUAUUAAGUGAUGAUAUCCGAAGUUGUAGGGUACAGUCCCUAAGCUGUGUUAGAGUCUUUGGUAUCAGAAGGAAUCAUCUGUAAUGAAGUCACUUCAGUUAAUGCUUGAAAAGAUCCUGCACAUUGUGCCUGCUUUUCCAGUUUACUUAGAUCUAAUUUUAAUCAUUCACCUUAUUUCUUGAAUUAAGUCUACUUUUCCAUGGCUCCUUCUUGAGCAAAAUGUUACACUAAGACGUUGUUUCUAUAUGAACUGUACUCUCUGCAGGGUACAGUUCAGAUUUAAUUUAUCUCAGACAUUCCAUACAUCAAGCAGACAGGCAGGUUGCCCCGUGUUAUUGCUAUUUCAUUUUCCUGGGCAUUUUAUUUCAGAUGAGGACUUUGUGCUGUAGUUGCAUUUUGUCGCAUUGCAGUUCAUUCCAGUGCAAGGUAUGUAAUAAUUAGUCCAUCCUUUGGUUCUGUCUCCACAUGGAUAGUGAGCAGCAGGGGUAAAAAAAAAAACAGUACGUAGUAUGUGUUAAGAUAGGCAACCUUUUUAACCCAUAAGCAACAUUUAGAAGUAAAAGGAGUUGUG